AUGCCCGAGCCCCACUACCCGUAUGACACGACUGUUGUGAGCGAACUGCUGAAACAGAAGCGUAAAGCCCGUGGCAUCAAAGCCUGCUUCCCGUGUAGGCAUCGCAAGGUUCGGUGUGAUGGGCAUGUUCCUUGUGCAAGCUGUAUAAAACGGGGCCACUCUGAGUUGUGUCGCGUGCCGACUUCGAGUACUAGCGCUGCAGGGUUCAUGCAGGGGCAGGGGCAGGGGAAUAAUAAGUCGACCUCAGUCUUAUCCCGACCAGAGUCACUGUCAUCCCCGCAGGACGAUCCUGCUGAUGAGCAGCAGGAUGCAGCUGCAGCACAAAGCCCGGUCUGCGACAGCCCAUCCAUCCAGUACCGAGCCCAGCCAAACCUGGCAUCGCUGCUUUCGCGCAUGGAGGAGAUCGAACAGCAGAUAGUGUCUUUACAGAAAGACCUGCGCGCAACAAUCUCAAUUCCUCUAGCUGGACGUUUAAGUUCUGUCGACCAACCUAGCAUCGGCCAUUCUGCUGCUCAAGCCGGUCCGCAAGGCAAAUCUCCCGGCCGUCAUGUCGUCGAAGAAGCCACGGGCGCAACCAUCUUCUUAGGGAGUCAUUCUGAUGCCCCAUUAGCCCUAGGCUGUAGAGAGACAUCGGCUUCAGGUCUUGGCAGCAGGAUGCUCGACGAAGUGACCAUGGCCCAGUUUGUACCCCGGGCUUAUCCGUUUACAAGUCUUUGGGGCCCGGACGCCACGGUCGAAGAGGUCUGUGAAACAUUGCCGGAGGAGGCUGAUCUUAUCAGAUAUUGGCAAGCGUACCAGUCAACUGCGUACCCAUUCUACCCGGUGCUAGUAGAUGUCGAAGGCUUUGGGCUAUCGGUCUUUGAAUUCUUGAACACCAGAGCGUCUCAGAACGCAACGGAACCAAACCCGUCCUGGCUGGCCUUGUUAUUCGCAGUGCUAGCCUGCGGUGCGCAGUUUACGCAUGAUCCUGUGCAAGAGAGGGAUCUAAGGUCGAAAGUCUUCACCUGUUCCUCCUUUCACUGUCUCCGGAUGUCCAACUUUUUCUACCAUACAGAUCUCGAUCAGAUCCAGGCCAUGGCGUUGAUAUGCCAUUGUUUAAGGAAUAAUCUUGACACGAAUACGGCGUGGAUCUUAAUGGGUACAACAAUGCGACUCGCCCAGAGUAUUGGCUUGCACGAGAUUUCGCCAACCUUGCCACCAAAAGAACAACUCCGACAGAGUAGACUAUGGUGGACUCUGAUAUGGCAGGACACCUUCCUCUCAUUCACAUAUGACCGGCCUCCUAGCUCCUCGACGGCUGAAUGUUGUACUAUCCCUCGUAUCUCGGAAUCUCCUGGUCUCUCGUUUCAAGAAUGUGUCUUCAAGAUAUGCCAGAUCAUCAGCAAUCAGUCACAGCUCAAGGGCGAGCAUAGUGCUCUAGACUACAAAACGGAGCUAGAGAGUGUCUUGAAUGAGGCAAGCCUUUUCCUAACCAAUAAAGUUCACUGCAGGUCUCUCCAGGACCACCUGGAACGCCUGGCGCUGAGUAUUCAUGUUGGAUAUGCAAUCUGCCGUAUGAGCCAGAUACAUUUGGAUUCGAUGCCAGAAAAUUCGUCGAGCGCUGUGGCAGCUGAUUCCCAACGCCAGGCUAUGCAAGUUGUCGAGAAUUUCUUAGAACUGCAUCGCCUCUGCGGCACGGUCUGCCGGUCCUGGGCAUUUGUCCACAAUGCUGUCAGCUGCGCCAUUACCAUGCAUAAUCUUGCCUACGUAACAGGGGAUGGACUAGCAGACUCCAAUACCCUCGCUCACCGGCUGAUGAAGUUGCUCGAGAGCGAGGCAAGAGCGUCGGAAUGGUACGACGCAGAUACAAAUCUUUAA